AAUGGCUCAACGGUGCCAUCUAGUGGCGGUUUCCCUGAAUUUAGUUUUAGUGCUUGUUGUCAGUUGGGAGGAAAGACAGACGUCCUUUGCUGUUUAUGUAUGGUUGAAGACUUGGCUUGUUAGUUAGCCAUGUCUCGCUUUACCAGUGCCUUCAUUGCAUCUCCUUAUAGAAGUGAUCAGGCGCCAAAACCAACUGAUAAGAGGUGGAGUAGGCCUCCAGAGGGCCUUGUUGUACCCCAGGAUGUGGAGAGGGGGCUGGGGCCAUGGAGUAAGGACCAGGGGCCGCCCAGCUCAGACCCCCCUCUCCCCCCUCAGCUGUGGGGACCCAAACGGCAGCUAGGCCAGUCCAGCCCUGGACCCAGGGUUCCCAUGGAUACUGCUACCAGGUACAGGAUGACCAGCAGACAGCAGACAGGAACAGCUAUCCUGGUGCGUGGUUGUCGCAGGCAGAGUCCGCUCCCUCUACAGGGUACAGCUGUAGGGAGACUGGGGCUGUCAGAGGAGGAGGCCAAGGAGCAGAUGGAGAACGACACCGUGGAGUUGGUGAGAGAGCUGGUUACCAUGCCGUCCAGAGACAGAGUCAAAGCUGUACGAGGCCUUCCUGUAAGUCUGGGGGAGCGCCGAAACAUCAGGUGCCGUGUCUUAGCAGAGAAGUUCUCCAGGACGAGUCUAGAGAGAACAAGCUGCACUGACUGUUGGGAGCAGAUCUCACUGUCUGUUCGUAGGUGCAGCAGUGUGGUGUUUCUCAGACAGUCUCUCUCUCCUGUGGCGCGGUUCUCUGAGGGAGAUCAAUGGCUGCUCCUCUUCAACCUCCUCUCCUCCCUCCUCAACCUCUCCUUCAUCACGUUGCCGUGGGCGAUGCUUAGCACCGACACUCAGGGCGCCGGGGCAACUGCCGGGUUCAGGGGACUGGAGCUCCUCACUGGAGUGGGGUGGUUCAACGUGUCCAUGCUGUACUAUGGUGUCUACAGCAGUAACAGUGUGCUGUCCAGUUAUAACAUCCAGCUAGCUUACCUCUUUACCAUCACCUCCUACAUGCUGCUCUGUGGAGCCUCAGUCAUAUACAGUCCAGAGGAUGUCCUGACAGAGGCCUGGUCUCUGCUGCUGCCUGUAGCAGUGUGUGUCCUCAACACCUUCAUAUCACUACUCUACACACAAGCACACAGACUGGAGCGCUACGAUAGCCCACGUACACGCGUCUACGUCACGGUGCUCAGGAAUGCGAUGCUGAAGGUGUCUAUCCUAGUAGUGUUGUGUUACUACUGGUUAGCGCUGGUCCCCGGCAACGUCCCGUGCUGGGAGUCGUAUGUUGGUCAGGAUGUGUACCGGCUGGUCAUAGUGGACUUCAUCUUCUGUCUGCUGGGAUCCUUCUGUGGAGAAUACCUCUACAAUGUGAUUGCCACCAGGUGUGUUGUGAAGCCGGCAGAGUUUGACGUGGCCAGGAACGUUCUAGAUCUGAUCAACGCUCAGACCCUGGCCUGGAUAGGGGUGUACUUCUCUCCUCUCCUCCCUGUCGUUCAACUCAUCAAACUCUUCCUAAUCUUCCACCUAAAGAAGACCAGUAUAAGGAGCUGCCAUCCUCCCAGCUCCUGGAGUAGGGUGGGUCAGAUGCAGACCCUCUUCAUCUCCCUCCUCUUCCUCCCCUGUUACCUGGGGACUCUGGCCCUGCUGGCAUACACACUCUGGAGUCUCCCUCCCUCUAGUGUGUGUGGUCCGUUCCAGGACCAGGGCUGGGUGAUGCAGACUGUAGACACACACUAACCCUACCUGUCCUGUCUCGGUCCCCAGUCUCCCUCCCUCUAGUGUGUGUAGUCCGUUCCAGGACCAGG